AUGAUCCCGCCCGGGACAGGGCCGGGGGCUCGGACCGCUAUCAAAUCCCAACAGAGCGAAGUGACCAGAAUCCUCGAUGGGAAAAACAUCAAAUACGAGCUGGUGGACAUCUCCCAGGACAACGCGCUGCGGGAGGAAAUGAGGGCCAAGGCGGGCAACCCCAAAGCCAUCCCGCCCCAGAUCGUCAACGGGGACCACUACUGCGGGGACUACGAGCUCUUUGUGGAAGCCGUGGAGCAAAACACCCUGCAGGAGUUCCUGAAGCUGGCGUGAGCCGCGGCCCCUCCCGGCCUGGACUCCACCUGCAUUCCUGAGUGCCCUCAUCUCCCA